AUGGCGAACCGAGCCCAGCUCGGCAGAAGUAGCGUAGCCAAUUUUGCAAACAUUCGUCAUAUAGAGUCAAGAAACUGGCAUCUUCUCGUAGAUGCCAGCUUCUUCGAAGCUGGCAUCUUCUCGAGAUGCUAUGAAAUAGGAUGUGUACGCCGUGAGAGUCUCAAGUUUGAUGACAGCAUCGGGAAGAAUCUUGAGAGUAGCGGGACAGCUUCACAGAGUUUCCGCCAGCAUUACAACAAAGCCUGGCAAUCAGUAAUCCCGAAGGCUGAGAACAUGCCGCCGAGCUUCGAAUACAGCUCCCUUCCAGAGACCUCAGGAACUGCUCCAGGGAAAGGCUACUAUCUUAAGUGCAACAUGUGUUUAUCUUUCAAUCAAGACGUAUAUCUCUGCACGUUAUUCAAAGACAUUGUAGACGAUCCAGGGAGAAACGUGAGAUCAGUCACUCCGGGAGGAUCUGCCCCUUUCACAAGCGUUCUGGUUAGGACGAACCACUACAUUUGUUUUGAGAUCACGGAGGCUCCGGAGAAACUAUUCGAAAAGAUCUAUCAGCUUAGUCGAGUAUCUCAUGUUCUCAAGAGCGAUUUCAUUGGAAAGGAGGCGCAGAUCGCCGCGACAGGGAUAUUUGUGAAUGGAGACAAGGCCGUCUUCGACUUUUCUUGUGAAAAAGUACAAGAAUUUCUUGUCAAAGCAGCCGAGGACGACAAACUUGGUAAGCUGUUCAACUGGGAAGUCCCUAUCUUCUUGAUUCAUACUCCAUAUCGAAACUUGUUCACCGCAAUCGAGGAAGUGAAUCAAAACUUGAAGGAAAGUAUUGAGGCAAUGAGAUCCGAGAUCAAGGAAAGGGAUCAGAAAAUGAGAUCCGGGAUCAAGGAAAGGGAUCAGAAAAUCAGAUCCGAGAUCAAGGAAAGGGAUCAGAAAAUCAGAUCCGAGAUUAAAAAUAUAUCAUCUGAGAUCAAUCAGAGUUUGAGCACUAAACUCGAUCAGAUUAUCAAUCUCAUGGCCCGCUAA